AAAGAAUGCCCAACCACCAUUCCACUUGUCCAUUUCACUUUAGAAGAAUACUUUAAAAGUAAAAAAACAGAGCAAAAACAGAGAAACUAAAUAAAAAAAAAAUCCAUGGCUUCUUUUCUCCUCCUCUCUUUCUUCUCUUCUCUUCUCAUCUCCACUACAUUAACAGUCACCACCACCGCCACCGCUUCCACCACCAUUAAAAUCUCCCUCUCUCCUUUCCCACCCCCUUCCUUCGAUGCAUACCAAAUUCUCAACAACUUAGCUACUUCUUCGGUCUCAAGAGCCCACCACCUCAAACAACCCACCCACAAAAUCAAAGCCAAAGCCAACACCACCUCUUCUCUACUCAAGACCCCACUUUUUCCUCACAGCUAUGGCGGCUACACGAUCUCUCUCGGCAUUGGAACUCCGCCUCAAAUUCUCACUUUCAUCAUGGACACUGGCAGCAGCCUUUCCUGGUUUCCUUGCACCUCUCGUUACAUUUGUUCCCAAUGCGCAUUCCCUAACGUCGACCCAAAAAAAAUCCCCACCUUUUCCCCAAAACUUUCAUCUUCCAAAGCGCUUGUAGGUUGCAAGAACCCCAAGUGUCGUUGGCUCUUUGGUCCCGAUGUUGAGUCUCGUUGCCAAGACUGUGAACCGACAUCCAAAAAUUGUACUCAAAAUUGCCCUCCUUACAUAAUUCAAUACGGUUUAGGUUCCACUGGUGGACUUCUAUUAGUAGAAAACCUUGUGUUUUCUCAGAAAACUUUCCAAGAUUUCCUUGUUGGAUGCUCCAUUUUCUCUAACCGACAACCCGCUGGCAUAGUUGGGUUCGGUCGGAGGCCCGAGUCUUUACCAUCCCAAUUAGGAGUGAAGAAAUUCUCUUACUGUCUCGUUUCUCGCCGGUUUGAUGACACAGGCGUCAGCAGCAACAUGUUGUUGGAAACCGCGUCGGGUUCGGGUGAUGCCAAGACAAAGGGUCUUAGCUACACACCAUUUUACAAGAAUCAAUUUGCCUCACACCCGAUUUUUCAAGAAUUUUACUACGUAACUAUACGUAAAAUUCUUGUUGGGGAUAAGCACGUGAAAGUUCCGUAUAAAUAUUUGGUCCCGGGACCAGACGGGAAUGGAGGCACUAUCGUGGACUCAGGGUCAACGUUCACUUUCAUGGAAAGAGCAGUGUUUGAGCUGGUCUCAAAAGAGUUCGAGAAGCAAAUGGGAAAUUAUAGUAGAGCACGUGAAGUGGAAAACAAAUCCGGCCUAGCCCCCUGCGUCAAUAUUUCAGGCCAUAAGUCAAUCAGUUUCCCAGAAUUGAUUUUCCAAUUCAAAGGAGGGGCCAAAAUGGCAUUGCCUUUGGCUAAUUAUUUCUCAUUCCUUGAUGUUAAUGUUGUUUGCUUGAUGGUUGUUACCGAUAAUAUUAUCGGUCAAGGUGUCAGCGGCGGGCCAGCGAUUAUUCUAGGGAACUUUCAGCAGCAGAAUUAUUACAUUGAAUAUGAUUUGGCAAAUGAGAGUUUUGGGUUUGCUAAACAAAGCUGUGUAUGAGCUGCAAUUUGUUUUUCGACCAUGAAGCUGAAGGUCUUUUUUUGUUUUAAUUAUUAUUAUUAUUAUUUUUUUUUUUAUUUUAAUGGAACUGUAACAAAAGAGUUAUACGCUUUUUCGCUGUCAGUGUUAAAGAAAAGGUAAACACUUGAUAUCAUUGAAAUGAAGUUUAUAAUAAAUAAAAUUAGUUUUUUGAAAA